GCGAAUGUGUGAAGCAGUGUGGUUUAAGAUACUUCCCGUAGCUAUCUUCACAUAGAUGAGUCCUACACUUUUGACAAUGAUUAAUUGUUGAAAAGAUUUUUUAUGUUACAUGCAUACACACACUCAUUACCAAGAACACUCAUGUUUUGAAACUGCAAUCCACCUUAAAAACCUUGAGUCCUGAACACAUGCUGAGGGAUCUGAGGGAUUCACUUAUUGCGAAACAACUUCUUAUCCUCAAGACUGGGAUGAAGGGAAACAUGAUGGUCUUUGCUCCACUGUGUUUGCUCCUUUGCUGGAUGCUGCCUGUAGACUCCAUGACGAUCCGUUACAACUUAAUACUACAAGAUGUCAGCCAGGACAUGCCAUGGAGCAAGUCCACUCCGUUGAGCAUGGUUGAAGAUUCAGUUGAUGACAUGUACUUUGGCUGCAAUGAAGAAGCUGCACAAAAAGUCAAGAAGGCAUACUUUGAGAAAGAAAGGAACAUGGCACCAUUUGGAGAAGCCUGGAAGAAGGAAAAAAAUUGCAGCGAAGAGAACCUAAAAAAGAGAGAGAAAGAGGAUAAGGCUCUAACCAAAGAUCACAUGCAAGCAAUCUGUGUUUACACACGUGUACAAGGAGUGUACAAGGAGUUUAAUGUUGCAGUCCGGACACAAAGGAGCAAAUAUAAUAGCUCCUCAUUCCAAUUCCACUCUUUACAUUUCCUGCUGACAUCUGCCAUACAGAUCUUGAACAGAAAUUUCCACUGUCACACUACUUACAGAAGAACCAGAGAUAAGUUCUCUGGCAAAGUCAACCAAAUAAUUCGGUUUGGGUCCUUUACCUCCAGCUCUUACAGAACAGACUUAAAACAGUUCGGUUACAUUACCUGCUUUAAAAUUAAGACAUGUUUAGGUGCUUUUUUGAAAAACUAUUCAUCUAUUCCUGAAGAGAAAGAAGUGCUCAUCCCCCCCUAUGAGAUGUUCAAGAUAACUAAGACAAUUAAAGGUAAGAGUAAAAUUCAAGGUCUGGAUGACUGUAAAAUUGUCUAUGUAGUGGAAAGUGCAGGAUGUAAGAGCAAUCUGAACUGCAAGGCUGCGUACCCAUGAGGAUCCAGUGGUUUUUGUCCAACUGGUGGGGAAAGCCAAUCCGUCAUCUUUAAAUUUUCUAAUUCUCUUGUCAAAACUGAAUUAAUUAAAUGACAUUCUCUUCAAUCUAUAAUUUGCUCAGGUUUGUUUGAUCAUUGCUCAUGUUUUAUGCAGUCCUCCAGGAACAUAUUAUUAAUUACUGUGAACAAUGUAGUGAACAACAGUGUGGAUUUGUGCAUUUUAUAUUAAAUAAAUUUGAACUACUCAAAACUAUUCCCCUGUCCCUGAGAGAAGGAGGAGGGGUUGAGAUCAGCUUUCAACAGACGGCUGAAGAGACUCCAACAAAAGAAAGGGGGUGGAAAGGUUGUUUUCCCUAAGUGCUAUUCCUGGGCAGUUGAUCGUAAAACUGGCACCUUUGAUUCCACAGCCUGAUAACUCGGUGCCUGACUGUUAAACUGAAAAAAGGGACCUUAACCAGUAAUUAGCAUUUGCCUGAACAGCCUAUCAGAAUUCCCCUUAAAGGGGGGGCAGGAAACCCUAAACUGCCCCCCCACAUACAUGUAACCGUGGCAACUGACCUUGCUCUGUGUUUCAUUACCUCAUCAAAGGGAUACUCCGUCACGCCUAGUGUGACAAAAUCCAGGACACCAGGGGCAGCCCUGAAUUUAUGUAAACAAAGACUGCAGUCUCCAAAGACUCAAAGCAUUAACUGUUUAAUUAAAUAAUAAUAAGGAAGCGUUCAAAAAACAAAUUUGAACCUGAAAGUGAGCAUAAUAUGACCUUAAAGCAUUCGCUGUGAUGGAUUACAAAUGUGUAAUUUCUGCUCUUAGACGUUGUCUUUAAAUGGGUAAAACUCACAAAACCUCCAUUAUGAUACUUUAAGUCUAUCAAGAAUGAGUUUGUUUAAAACAAACACGUCAUUGCCAAAUUGAGCAUCUCAGUGUGAAUGGUUGAAGAUGCUGUUGAGGACAUCCUUAAUUGGCUGCAAUUAAACUGAUUGAGUCUAGUGCAAACAUAAACAGGAAGACACAUGUUAGGAAACAUUUUCAAAUGUCUGGAACAAGGCAGAAUAUUGUAAAAAAAAAUUAAAUAAACAAAAACAGAGAAAGAAUGAGAUAAAUAA